AACACAGAACACACAGUACAAUCUCAGAGCAAGGAGACUCAACAUUAACAUUGACAGAAGAUGCUGUGCUUCCGAGUAUUCCAGUCUUCCCUCAGCCCAUCGAUGGACUUCUACUGGCCUGUGUGCAGUCUUUGGCCAGAGGUCCAACCUCUUCUCUGCCAGCAGUAUUUACUGCAGAGAAACAUGCUGGAGAUCAAGAGCAGUCUGGAGCUGAUGGAGAAACAUCAGCAGCACAUAUUUGAGGAGAUGGACCAUGUCCCAGCCUCUGUGGUCAUCCAACCAGUCCCCUACACGCUGGAGAAAGAGAGAGAGGGUUUUGCCCUGGCACUGGAGACUAAAGACUUCUCCCCAGAGGAGCUGUCUGUCAAGCAGGUGGGCAGGAAGCUGAGAGUCAGUGGGAAGACCGAGAAGAAGCAGGAUGAUGGGGAAGGCUCUUACUCUUACAGAUGCCAGGAGUUCAGACAGGAAUUUGAUCUGCCUGAUGGGGUGAAUCCUGAGACUGUCACCUGCUCCCUGGAUUAUGUUGGGAAGCUCCACAUCGAGGCUCCAAAGAAUCCAACAUCUGCUGAGGAGGUGGCUGAGAGAGUGGUGCCGAUCAACUGUAGCCUGGAUGUGAAGAUGCCACAAUUCCUCAGCUAA